AUGGCCGAAGAAAAUCCAUGAAGCUUUCUUGUGACUAAAAAUAUUUUUACUCCAUCAAAACAAUAAAAAAAGCUCCAAAAUGCAGGAAAUUGAUAUAAAUAUUGAAGGGUACAACGUGAAUGGAAUAUGUGUUGGCUGUUUGAAUCACAAUCGGAAAAUGUCGUACAUCGACGAAGUAAAGGAUUGUUUCAAAUUAUUAGCUCAAAUCGACGUCCCUGAUUAUUUAUCUAUCCAAGUCUGCUGGGAGUGCCUGGCAGCCGUCAGAUCCGUGAUGAAGUUCCGUCAACAGAUCCAGAGGGCUUAUACGAUACUUAUCAAAUACUCUGCUAAGAACCCAUUCCUGGACUCACCGUGGGACCUCACUCAAUACGCUACAACCAACCUGACACGGACUCAAGUGGAAGUUGGAUCGGAUGUUCUAGAUGGUCCGGAUGUGAAAGAAGUAGAGAUAGAGGUCAAGAGUGAGCCAGAAGAUAACGAAACGUUACUGCCUAAACAGGAGGAAUUAAAGAUAGAAAAUGAGUUUCCGGACAUAGACGAUCGUUUCUCCGACGACUUCCCGCCAGACCAAAACGCCACGUCUGAAGAUGAUAUGCAGCUGUCCAAACUAAAAGAGAAAAAGGUGAAAAAAGAAAAGAAGGCUAAGAAGAGAAGAAAGAAGAAUUCAGAUGAGUCAAGCGACAAGCCAAAAACAGAGCAAAAAUCCUACAAACUACUCAAGAACCUCCCCGAAGAUUUGGUCACCAUCUACACCAUGACCGAAGAAGAAAUGUGGGUCAUGAGGAACCAGGAUCUAAAGGAUAAGGAAUUCUUGAGGUACAAGCAUAGAUGUGAGGAUUGUCUGCUUACCUUCAACUCGGAGAAGCUGAUGAAGGAACAUACGCUGGCUAAGCAUAGACUGAAAAGCGAAGACUGCCACAAAUGCGAUAUCUGCAAAUCUUACUUCCUUGGCAAGGAUCAUCUGCUCACGCAUAGAGCUCAGCAUCUCACAGCAUAUUGGUGCUCUGCUUGUGGUCACGCCACGUCUGUGAGGAGACGAGCGAAACAGCACGCGGCCACCCAUCAAACAGUGACCAAGGAGAAGGAAUACGAGUGCAGGAACUGUGGGAAGACUUUCCCCAUCCAAAAGUACCAGGCUGACAUAUCUCUCAAGGAACUCUUCCUAACACCUGUAACAGCCUCGAUGCUAGCUCCAUCUCACAGCAUACUGGUGCUCUGCUUGUGGUCACGCGACAUCUGUGAGGAGACGAGCGAGACAGCACGCGGCCACCCAUCAAACAGUGACCAAGGAGAAGGAAUAUCAGUGCAGGAGCUGUGGGAAGACUUUCCCCUCCAUCUCACAGCAUACUGGUGUUCUGCUUGUGGUCACGCCACAUCUGUGAGGAGACGAGCGAGACAGCACGCGGCCACCCAUCAAACAGUGACCAAGGAGAAGGAAUACGAGUGCAGGAACUGUGGGAAGACUUUCCCAUCAAGAUCAAAACUCUCCUACCACCGAACGAAGAAUCACAAAGAGAAACUGCAGUGCGACUGCUGUGGCAAAGUAUUUAUUAGCAAGAUGAUGCUGCGACACCAUCUCAAAAGCCAGACACAAAGUAAAGAGGAGAAGGCAAAAGAAAAACUGUACAUUCCUUGCAAAGGCUGCAACAAGGUGUUUCACUCUAAGAAGAGCUACCGGGCGCAUGUGGUAAUCCACAACGGCCUAACAUAUCCGUGUCAGAUCUGCGGUAAACUCUUCCAAUGGAAACGCAACUUGGCGCGUCACACUCGUGCGCAUCGAGAAAGAGACGCAGGCGCUACUUACGAAUGUCGCGCGUGUGGAAAGAGCUUCGCCAGUAGAGACUGUUACAACAACCACAUGCGGCUGAGCAAGCGGCAUGUGGCCGAGGAGGCGUUGGCUCACACAUGCAACUACUGUGGGAAAAAGUUCGCGACGAAAUACUGCAUGGUGGACCAUAUCGACUGGGAUCAUUUGAAGAGGAUCAAAUACCAGUGCAGCGUUUGUUUCAAGGCGUUCAAAACGGCCAAAAUAAUGGUGGCGCAUAUGAACAACAUACACGGAGGCAAGAAGAGUAAGGAACCAGAUGGACAGCAUCUGUGCGAGAUUUGCGGGAAGUCUUACAAGUCCGUGAAGCGCCUCAAAGGCCACGUGUGGGCAAUGCACACGAAUCGCUCAUCUUCCAAGAUCUUCAAGUGCAAGCUGUGUCCAGCUACUUUUUUGUGGCAGACCUCCAUCUACAAACAUGUCAAGAUGAUGCAUGGCGGCGCCAAGCGAGCCAAGCAAACGCGGACAAUGCCAACCAAGAAGCAAGAGCCCUACCCGGAAAUCGAACUGACGAACCGCAUGUACUUCCAGCCCAAUAUGGCCGCCGGGAUAGUGCCCAGCAUUGGGCAAAUCCAGCAAGUGCCUGUGGGCAUUGUGCAGAAUAUUGUUGUGUAGUAAAUAGUGUAGGCCAAAUUGUCUAUGGUAAGAGGGUCGUGUUCCUGCAGUGGAAACAAAAUGACCUGAUGAUGAUUAUAUUGUAUUGAUAGUUGUUGCAAUGAGGGCUAUCGUUUUAGCGCUCACCAGUUAGCGCCACUGUAGAGUAAGGUCCUGUCACUUGCUAGUAGCGAAGACAGUGGCACCAACUGGUGAGCGCUAAAGUGGUAGGAGGACUAUCGCAUUUGCACUCAUCAAGAUGGCGCCACUGUAGAGUAAGGUCCUGUCACUUGCUAGUAGCGAAGACAGUGGCGCCAACUUGUGAGCGCUAAAGUGGUAGGAGGACUAUCGCAUUUGCACUCAUCAAGAUGGCGCCACUGUAGAGUAAGGUCCUGUCAAUCGCCAGGGGUGCCAACUGUUAAGUAUAAAAACGAUAGCCCUCAUUCGCGAAGGCGAGUGAGCUUUACAUGUGUGGUGGCUCGCUACUGUUCGUUUUUUAAAAGUUUUGAUUCACAUUACACUAUCGUUAUGUGCAUGGACACGUACACACACAAGUAAAGCGAGUGAGCCUUCGUGAAUGAGGGCUAUCGUUUUUAUACUUAACAGUUGGCACCCCUGGCGAUUGACAGGACCUUACUCUACAUUGGCGCCCCUGGCGAUUGACAGGACCUUACUCUACAGUGGCGCCAUCUUGAUGAGUGCAAAUGCGAUAGUCCUCGUACCACUUUAGCGCUCAACAGUUGGUGCCACUGUCUUCGCUACUAGCAAGUGACAGGACCUUACUCUACAGUGGCGCUAACUGGUGAGCGCUAAAACGA